AUGCCUGUUUCAAGGCGUGACAAGAAAGGUAAGCUCAGGACGUUCUCUGUAUCCAGUCCUUUUCAGUCGAACUUACUCAGGUUCUAAAACAUGCUCCUAAGAAAAAAGAGCACAUUGCAAAGGUAGUAAAUCGGUGGUAAUCUUAUGCAGCUUUAAGGUUCGUCAAUAUCUGGAUGAAUAUGGAAGAGUAUAUGUAGUGACUCUGCAAAAUCCUCGCACCCAAAAAGUUUCCGAAAUGCGAAAAAGCAUGGUGAAAAUCAAGCUUCUAUUUGGUGUCAACAAGGUGACGACUUUGGCGUUGGGUAAAACUCAUGAAGAUAGUUAUCGACCAAAAUUGCACCUUUUAUCCAAAUAUCUUAAGGGACAGUGUGCCCUCCUAUUUUCACGAUCAUCGCCUUCGGAAUUACGCGAGCAGCUUGAUGCGUUCCGGUCGUCAGAAUACAGUAGACCAGGUGUACUUGCUGAGCAGACUGUCUGGAUUGCAUCUGGUCCGUUGCCCAAAUUUCCUCACUCUAUAGAGCCUGUUUUGCGCCAGUUAGGAAUGCCUGUUAAACUAGUCAAAGGUGUUGUUCAUUUGGAGAGAGAGUAUCUUGUGUGCCGCAGAGGGGAUGUACUUUCACCUGAACAGUGUCGUAUUCUAAAGUUAUUUCAAAUUGAAAUCUCCGAAUUUCGCGUUGGCCUGCUUGCAGUUUGGACAGACGGUGAGGGGGUCGAAGAGUUAACAGAAAAAGAUAGUUGUAUGAUGCGCACUUCGCUCCAUCCUGAAGUUCUUGUUGUUUGUAAACAGUUAGAUGAUGGUUUGUAUUACUUUAUUCCGCAACCAUAUGAAAAUAAAGGCGAAUCACCUGUUAACGAAGCUAUGGAAGAGGACUAAUACUUUUCUAAAUAUAUAAUUGUAGAUACUAUUGUGAAUAAUUUUUUAAGUCAUUCGAGAUAAGGUUUGCGAUGAAAUAUAAGGUUAUUCAGUGCCAAAUGUCUUCCUUAAAUACUCUGACUCCGACUCAACCAUUUAAUGAAGUAACACUCAGACAAAUCUAAUUAAAUUUAGUGUGAGUUAACCUACUAAGACUGUUCAAACUAUAUUAUCACUGUGAAGGUGUCAAUAAACAAAUUGUCAUUAUUAUUACUAAUUGCCUUGGUUUCAAUUUCACUUCAGAGCUGAAUUUUUAUAAACGCUAGUUUUCUGUUAAUCAAUUUCUUUUGUAAGAAGUGUUUCCAUUAUUAGGAUAGAAUUAUUCAGUCUGAAUUUGUCAUCUUUAUACGCCAAAGUGGUUCGAUUGUAUCCUCAGUUAUCGUCAGAAACGAACAUGAACAACUUGUGACGUUGGAUAAUAUAUGGUUUAGAGUUGGCUUCCUACAGUGAAACUAUUAGCUAAUUUUUCUAUGCUUUAUCAUAAGGUACUACCAUCCUUUUCGAGUGAAUCCAUAGACAUGUUUAUCUCGUUUAUACACAUAUAAUGACGGCAGAAAAGGCUGCAAGAGAAGGAAACAUGAGACAACUGUAUGACACGACAAAGAAACUCUGGAAAUCGCCGCAAACCAGAACGACCAGUGAAAAGCAAGGAAGGCUAGGUAACCACCAACAUUGAAGACCAACAAAACAGGUGGGUAGAACACUUCAAAGAACUCUUGGAUCGACCAGCUCCACUGAACCCAAUCAACAACGAAGCAGUACCCACGGACUUCCUAGUCAAUGUUGACUCACCAAUAAUUGAAGAAAUCAGCAUGGCCAUCAAGCAAAUCAAGAGUGGCAAAGCAGCAGGACCAGACAAUAUUCCGGCAGAGGCACUAAAAGCAGACAUAGCGGCAACUGCAAGU